AUCAUGGUAUUUUUCAUUCUUUCAUAAUCUAAUGUAUUGGCUAUGGUAGCAAAAGAAGAAAGCAUUGAGCAGACAUACAUAGUACUGCAAAAACCGCGAAAAUGGCGACCAUUUCAAACCUAACAAACACUCUCCCACUUCACUUCCGCAAAUUCAAAUUUCCAUCUUCAUCUUCAUCUUCACCAUAUCGUUUUCCUCUCUCUACUCUCACAUGUUCCCUCCCAGAACCAGAACUAGAACCAAACACCACCACAACAACAACUUCAAUUCCCAAAACCCCCAAUUCCUAUUUCCCAAAACGCGGCCAAACCCUAGAAUUACUCUGCGAAUCACUCGCAUACAAAGGAAAAGGUCUCUGCAAAGUCACUGACACCGGUUUCGUUGUCAUGGUUGACCGUGCACUUCCCGGUGAACGUUUCAUCGGCCGUAUAACUCGUAAGAAGGGGAAUUAUGCUGAGGCUACUAAAGUUGAAACUUUAACUCCUCCUUUUGAUAUUGUUGAUGCGCCUUGUGUUUAUGUUCCUCAUUGUGGUGGUUGUAAGACGCAGAAUUUGUUAUAUCAAGCUCAGAUUAUAGCUAAAGAGGAACAGGUCCGUGACUUAGUCAUACAUGUUGGAAAGUUUUCACACAAAGAAUUGGAAUUGAAUGGGAUUAUGAAACCUAUUGUUCCUUGUGAUAUUCAGUUUCAUUAUAGAAAUAAGAUGGAAUUUUCAUUUGGUCCCUAUAAAUGGUUGCCUAAGGAGUCGUUACAUGAAAGAAAUGUUGAUGCUGGAAGUGAAAAUUAUGCACUUGGAUUGCAUGUUCCUGGUUUUUUCGAUAAAAUUAUCAAUAUUGACAAGUGCUUACUACAAUCUGAUCCUGCUAAUAAGGUUCUUGCGGCUAUCCAAGAAUGUUGGAGAGAUCCACAACUUGGUUUCUCUCCCUACAAUGUUCAUUCACACAUAGGAUUUCUUAAGCAUUUGAUGCUGAGAAGUGGAAGGGAUGUAACGACUGGUCUGCCUGAAGUAAUGGUCAACUUUGUGACCUCUUCCUACAAGCCCGAGCUGCUGAAGGUCCUAGUUGAUAAAGUUUCAGCAUUUCCUGAAGUGGUAAGCAUCAUGAAUAAUGUAAAUACUUCUGUUGGUAACACAUCUGUUGGGGAAGAGGAAUACACUUUGCAUGGGAAAUCUAGCAUUACAGAGACCUUAAGAGGGCUUACCUUCCAAAUAUCAGCAAAUUCUUUCUUCCAAACAAAUACUCACCAGGCAGAAGUGUUGUAUAAACUGAUAGAAGAAUGUGCUGGCAUCAGAGGAGAUGGCUCAGAAAUUGUCCUUGACCUGUUUUGUGGAACAGGCACCAUAGGUCUGACACUUGCCAGAAGUGUAAAGCAUGUUUAUGGCUAUGAAGUAGUUCCUCAAGCCAUCGCAGAUGCCCGGCUUAAUGCCAAGUUAAAUGGCAUACAAAAUGCAACAUUUGUCCAGGGGGAUCUCAAUAAAAUUGAUGAGAAUUUCGGGAAGAGUUUUCCUAAACCUGACAUUGUUAUUUCAGAUCCCAACCGCCCAGGAAUGCAUAUGAAGUUGAUUAAAUUCCUGUUAAAUCUUAGGGCGCCUCGCAUAGUGUAUGUAUCAUGCAAUCCCGCCACAUGUGCACGUGACCUUGAUUAUCUCUGUCAUGGGGUGGCAGAGCUGAAUAUAAAAGGAUGUUACAAGCUAAUAGGCCUACAGCCAGUUGACAUGUUUCCACACACACCUCAUAUUGAGUGUGUUUGCCUUCUGGAGCUUGUUGAUCUGUGAUUAUUUUUUAAACCUUUCCAUUUAAAGGUUGUGCACCAUUUCAUUUUCUAUGCUGCAUCUGUUACUACUUUGCAGUUCACGAUGAUAUUAUACAAAUGAAGCAUCAUAUUGUGAA